AUGAGGGCGGCGCUCCUCCGCAUUCCGCUGCGGGCUUCCAAUUUUGAUCCUGCGGCGGUCAUACGAUCGGCUGCGAAGCCUUCUCUCGCCUGUCACCCUGGCAAUUUCGCCCCGUUGUCCUCGAUUUCCCAUCGGUUGGUUUCCUCCAACUCGGUUACUACACCUCCUGCAUCAUGCUCGAAGCGCUUCUCCGGUCGUAUCGCCCAGUCGAUUCCCCGGGCCACUUACGCCACCCGCACGUCUCCGUUGUCUGAAUCGGCGAAUUCGGGACAAAGUGAUGGAAAGCGUUCGGGAUCAGGUCAAUCGCGCAGCAAGGCCAUCAAGUAUGCCGUGAUCGGAGGCACCCUCGUGGUUGGAGCAGUGGUGUUUUCGGACCAAGUUCAACACUUCUACCGUGCCGCUGCGAGAACUGGCAGAGUGGUUGGCACACUGGCGGUUUGCAUUAACGACUACCGGGUAACUCUCAAGCAAGAAACCUCCACGCCGGAGGAGCGAAGCGAAGCAAUUCGGGCCUGUCACAAACGUUGCGCGGAACGGACUCUACGGGUUCUCGAGAAGAAUGGAUCGAUCUUUAUCAAACUGGGACAGCAUUUGAGUAGCAUGGGCUACCUGCUUCCGUCGGAAUGGACUACAACCUUUAUCCCGCUCCAGGACAAGUGCCCCGUGUCAUCGAUUGAAUCGAUCGAGGAAAUGUUCGUGGCCGACACAGGACGUCGUAUCGACGAGCUGUUCUCGUCUUUCAAUUCCGAGCCUAUUGGUGCCGCUUCUUUGGCGCAGGUGCACAUUGGUACGCUGAAGGAAACAGGUCAGAAGGUUGCGGUCAAGGUGCAGCAUCCCGCAUUGGCGGAGUGGGUGCCCCUGGAUCUGGCCUUGACUCGGUUUACUUUUUCGAUGCUCAAGCGGUUCUUCCCUGAAUACGAUCUGGAAUGGCUCUCUCGUGAAAUGGACCUGUCUUUGCCCCAGGAGCUGGAUUUCCGAAUGGAGGCGGAGAAUGCCAUGCGGGCGAGCGAGUACUUCAAGAAGCACUCGGAUGCCCCGUUGGUCAUCCCUGAAGUGAUGUGGUCCCAGAAGCGUAUCCUGGUCAUGGAGUUCAUCUCCGGCCGACGUCCCGACGAUCUCGAAUUUCUCGACUCGAACCACAUUGACCGCGACGAAGUCUCCGCUGCUCUGGCACACAUUUUCAACGAGAUGAUCUUUGGUAAUAACGCACCUCUGCACUGCGAUCCUCACGGCGGCAACAUCGCCAUUCGCCCGAACCCCAACCGCCGCCGGCACAACUUCGACAUUAUCCUCUACGACCACGGUCUCUACCGCGACAUCGACAAGGACCUGCGCCGCAACUACGCCAAGCUCUGGCUGGCCGUGAUCGAGUCCGACCUGCCGCGCAUGCGCGAGUACGCGCGCAAGGUCGCCGGAAUAACGGAUGAGCAGUUCCCGCUGUUCGCCAGUGCCAUCACGGGUCGCGACUACAUGGUGCUCCAGAAGAAGGAUAUCGUAUCCGCUCGUACCUCGGCAGAACGAGAGAGCAUGUCCGGCUCGUUGGCCGAUGGUCUGCUGCAGCAAUUAGUCGAACUUCUAGGCCAGGUACCUCGGAUUAUUCUACUGAUCCUCAAGACCAAUGAUUUGACCCGCAGUCUCGACGAGAACCUCCACACCCGCCAAGGACCUAUGCGCACCUUCCUCAUUCUCGCCCGCUACGCCACCCGCACCGUCUUCGAAGAGCAAAUGGACUCUGUCAAUGAGACCGGAGGUAUCCUCCGUCCUGGAAACUUCUGGCGCUUCCUCUGCGCUUGGACUGGGUAUCUGCGCGUGGAGUUGAAGUUGUCUGUUUAUGAGACGUUGCUUUCGCUGAAGAGUCGGUUCGGGUUGGUUUGA